GACGCGUCGGCACUACGUGUCCAGGAAGUCAUCCAGUCAACAUGGCGGCGCAACAAGGAGAUGUUGAUGAACUCUUCGAUGUGAAAAAUGCUUAUUAUAUCGGCAGUUAUCAACAAUGUAUAAAUGAAGCCCAGAAAGUUAAGCCAUCAACACCUGAGAAGGAGGUUGAGAGAGACAUGUUUCUGUACAGAGCCUACGUUGCCCAGAGGAAGUAUGCUGUGGUGAUGGAUGACAUCAAGGCCAGCUCCUCGCCAGAGCUCCAGGCUGUCAAGAUGUUCGCUGAGUAUCGCUCCAACGAGGGCAAAAGGUCUGAACCCAUUAGUGUUCAGGAUUGUGAUUGUAAACGGGAUGCCAUUGUGGCUGAACUUGACAAGAAGAUGGCCAAGAGUGUAGAUGCGGCCAACACAACCUUCCUGCUCAUGGCUGCGUCCAUUUACUACCAUGAGAUGAACUCUGACGCUGCCCUGCGGACCCUGCACCAGGGAGAAAGUCUGGAAUGCAUGGCAAUGACCAUUCAGGUGCUGCUGAGUUUAGAACGUGUUGAUUUGGCAAGGAAAGAGCUGAAGAAAAUGCAGGAGCAGGACGAGGAUGCCACACUGACCCAACUGUCCACGGCUUGGGUCAACAUCGCUGUUGGAGGAGAGAAGCUGCAGGAUGCUUACUACAUUUUCCAGGAGAUGUCGGAUAAGUACUCCCCAACUCUGCUUCUUCUGAAUGGCCAGGCUGCCUGCCAUAUGGCCCACAACAAGUGGGAGGAGGCAGAGGGGGUUCUCCAGGAGGCACUAGACAAGGACAGCAGCCACCCUGAGACUCUGAUCAACCUGAUUGUGCUGACCCAGCACUUGGGCAAAGCUCCUGAGGUAACCAACAGGUAUCUCUCUCAACUGAAAGAUGCCCAUAGAGCUCACCGCUUCCUUAAAGAUUACCGGGCCAAGGAGAAUGAAUUUGACAGACUGGCGAUGCAGUAUGCUCCCACUGCGACUGUUUGACACAAUGGAGGAAUCUGUUUGGACCCCAAAACAUUAUGAAUACUGGAUACACAACUGAUUGCUCCAUAUCUAUUUUUGUCUAUCAAUAUGGAAAACUCAAAACUGUAUGGAUUAAAAUUGACAUGCACAAUAUUAUUACCUUAUGUGGUGGACAACAGAUUUUCUUUAUACUCCGAAGUAGUUGUAGUACAUGAAAUGUCCCUUUUGAUAUUGUCUCUUAUGUUUAACAUUUGCAUUUCUCUAAUUGUAAAACUGUUUUCUCUAAGCAUUCCUCUGAAUUGACAAUAAAUGUUUUAUGACCCUG